AUGUUAAUUGGUAUAAGAUAUUAUGCUUUAGAAUUAUUGAAUCGUUGUUACAAUCUACGGUUCCUCCGCCUAUUACGUAGGAAUUAUAGAUUAUUAUUUCCCAAAUGGAUAAAUAAUGAUACUUUCCCUUUAUAUUCUCUUUUUUUAUCAAUUUUUUUAUUUUGGCUUUAUUAUGAGAUUUUUUGUGUUUCACCAGUUUGUCCUUAUUAUACAGGACCUGAAUUAACUCCAUUAAUUAAUAAAUUCAAAUCUAUAGGGAAAACUUAUAAACCUACACUCUACCUUUUUAAUUCAAAAUUACAAUGGAUUUUCCUCCUUAUUUAUUGUCGUCUUGAAUUAUUUUAUAAAUUAUUUAAUUAUAAACUUUGUUUACAAAAUUCUUUAUCAUUUUAUAAAUUAAUUUAUAAUUUCUUCAUAUAUUUUUUAAAAAUUUUAUUGAAUUCGUUCUUUUUUAAAAAGAUUUUCAAUUCACAACCUAUUAUUAGUUUAAGAGAAGCUGUAGAAGGACAUAAUUCUUCUAUUGUUAUAUUAGAUUGGUAUUUACCAAAAUGGAUUUCACCACAAUGUGAACAAUGUACAUUAUUUAAACAUAUUAAUACUAUUAAUCCAACUAAUACAUUACCUAAUGAUCCAGAUAUAACUAAAUUCAUUAAUACCAGUAAAACUACUACCAAAUCCACUAAUAAACUGAGUAGUAAUAAAUUAAAUAGAAAUGUAAAUAGAAAUGUGAAUAGAAUAAAUGAUAUGGAAAUGAAUAUGGAAGAGAAUACAAGAAUAGGUAAAGGUAUAAGAAAUAGGAAAAUGGAACAAGAUUAUUUUAAAAUGUAUACUAUACAGUCUGUGGAAUUUCAAGAGAAUAUGAAAAUUGUUAAUUCUGAUACUGAUAUAUCAGCAAGUUCGGCUUCAUAUAUUUCUGAAGAUUCUAUUAAUUCACCAAAUUCUUUUACACCUAAACAUAUACAUAAACAUACUCUACACAAUUCCAAUAGUAUGUAUAGGGAUAAUAAUAUGUAUAGGGAUAAUACUCAACACAGUACCAAUACUGUGUAUAGGGACAAUAGUAUGUAUAGGGAUAAUACAAUGUAUAAUAGUAAUACUAUGUAUCAAAGUAGUACAAUGUAUAAGGAUAAUACAGUAUAUAAUAGUAAUACAAUGUACAAGAGUAAUACAAUGUAUAAAGGGAAUACAAUGUAUAAAAAUAGUACUAUGUAUAAUAUUAGUACAGCCAUUAAUACUAUGUAUCCUAAUACUAUAGAUAAUAUUAAAGCAUUAGAUAAUAAUACUAUGGAUAAUAUUAGAGCAUUGGAAAAUAAUACAGUGGAUAAUAGUACUAUGGAUAAGGUUAGAGUAUCUGAUGUUGGUACACCUGUUAAUAUUAGUAAUAUGGAUAUGAAUAUGGUAGAUGGUGUAAUGGAUAGAAUGAAAUUAGAAGAUGAAAGAAAUAUAUCAUCAGUAAUAUCUGAUCAAAGUUCUGAUAAAUUUGAUCCAUACUUUUAUAAAUUCAUUGAUAAAGAUUUUGAUAAAUUUCAUAAAACUGUAUUUAAUGAAUCGGGACCGAAUCCGAAGAUAAUUCGAGGUGUUAUAGUAAUAAUUGGUGACAUGAACAUAUCUUAUAGAAUUUGUUCUACUAGAGUUGGUUGUUACUGUAAUUCAAAACCAUACCAGCCACACGAUUCAUGUUACUCAUGUAACAUGAGUGACAAAUUAGACCAUGAAGGGUAUAGCCUUGAGCACCCAGGCUUUCCAGUACUCCGAGCACUAGUAAGUGAUGCACUAAGUUCAGGCUUUGCAUGUGUUCACCUACACUUGAAUGUGAAUUUAGGAAUGGCGUCUGAAGCUUUUCCAGAUUCAAUUCCACUCAGAUCAUUUCCAAUUUCACUCUACAGUGAUGUGCUUCUAGAUUUAAACUGUGCACUUGAUAAGGUGUCACAAAGGUUCCCAAACUCUCCAAUACUAGCAGUUGGCAUAUCAUUUGGUGCAAAUAUUCUACUGGAAUAUAUGGCAGUGUCGGCACAAGGCGGCUCAGUAAAAUUAUUCUCAGAUACAGAAGAUAAUGGACAGAAUACAAAUACAUUCCCAGACAAUCAUUCCUUUAAUUCAUUCGAUAGUUUUUCACAACUUAAAACACAUAUUGAUCCUGUUAACACAGUUGGUAACACAAUUGGUAAUACAAUUGGUAACACUGGUGGUAAUACAAAUGUUAGUGUGAUUGAUAGUGUGUCAGAGACUAAAGUUAAAUCGAAGAAGUCAAAGACAAAUCAAUAUGACUCGGAUAAACUUGGUAACAUAAACUUUGAUGAGAUUUAUGAGGACCAUUUUCUACUUAAUUUUAAUAAGGAGGAGUUUAAUACGGAUAUAAAAACAGUAUAUCCAGAGGAGUCUAGAGAAGUGUAUUUGAAUCCUGAACGUAUAUCCGCGGCUGUAUGUAUUAAUCCAAACCUGAGACUAUCAAGUAACAUACUAUACAACUUAUCUAAGCGUAGAAAACGUUCAAUGUAUAGGAGAUUUUGUUUAUCCAAAUUCAGAAUUGAGUUAAUUUCACUAUUAAACUCAGUACACUGUAAGAGAUCGAAUACUAAGUUAACAAAGGAGUGUACUAACUUCAACUGCUGUCACUACAGUAAAGUCAUUUCUAAAUACAACUUCAUUAAGAAGAUAUUUUACUAUUUCUACAUCAAGAGAUCGAAAUGUCAUAAAUAUUCCAUUGAGAAAUUGAUUACACAUUUACAUCGUGAAUACCGUCACUCAUACCGUGAUCUAGACAAAACAGACUAUAUAAAUUAUGGCGAAUUUUUAUUUAAUAGGUGUGGAGUCCGGACUACAGCGGAUUUUAAGUUAUCAGUACUAAUGACUGUGAAACAUAGAUUUGAACGUGAAGGACAAGAUAGUAAGAUCAAAGUUAGACAUAUAUCUGAACCACCAAUAUAUAAAUGUAUUAAUAAGAAUGUUUGUACAAAUUUAAGAAUAGGGAAAUCAAUUUUCUCUAGAAAGUUAAACAAAGUACAUAAAAUGUUAAAUUCCAAAGUUACUAAAUAUAUUACCAAUUUAAUUAAUUCUGAGUAUACUCGAAAUCUUACUAAUAUUAAAGAAAAUCUUGAAUUACUCAAAACACCAACACUCGUAUUAUAUUCACUUGAUAAUUCCAUUUUCACACUUAAAGAUAUUGAUAUUUUCGAUGUUAUCAAGAAUCCGAAUAUUGUAUAUUAUGUAUCACAAACAGGUGGAUUAUCAACAUUUCUUUCAGGUAAUAUAUAUAAAUUUAUAUUAUUUAUAGGAUUAAGACCAUCAACAUGGUUUAUAGCACCAAUAUUAGAAUUUCUAGAAGAAAUGUCAACAAAAUCUAAAACUUUCUAA